ACCGGAGCACACUGCCCUGUUUGCCCACUUGAGCAAGCAAAUGGGGAGACUACCUGGUCAGACUCGUGUUAUACGAAGUAGCUCUCGCGAAAAUGGCAAGGUACCACUGGUGGUUUUUGUAUUAAUAUGCCAGGGUUUUUGAGAACCACCGUCAAGGGAAGUUGGACAGUGGAUUUUUUCUUUGCUUUUUUUCUUUUUUGUCUCUGCCGGCAUUGCGCGACGUGUCGAAUUGCGUGGGAAUUCGCUGCAUCGACAAUCCAAUUUCAAUAUCGCCCCAUCAUCAUACGGAAUUUGAUUGGAUCGACUGCUCGGAUUGUGGGGAAAUUCAUCAUCUAGAGCACCGAAGCCAAGGAGGGGUAUCCACUGGUUCGGUCGCAGGCCCCAACAAUAGCCUGUGGGAAAGGAGCUGGAAGGGGACGACCCUUUGAAUGAGCUGUAGUGGAUUUGAAUCGACCAGAGACACAGUUAGUUGGCCCGAACCAAACAAACUACAACAACGAGAGCAACUGACGCUCAACACUCUAUUCACGACAAGCACGCACCAAAGUGUCUUGCAAUCAUUUGAUCAGUGCAAUCAACAACUACUACAGUAGAAUUAAUAGUCUCUACCGCUCGCCCGCGAUCCCCCGCGCCACGUUCUUUCCAGUCCAACGCUUCCCAUCUCGACUUUGUUUGUUUGCGUCCUCUCGCAAUCUUUGCUCAACCACCUUUUGCGCACCACACUAAGCGCUAGCCGUCGAGGUUCUUAAUAUUCAACGUCGAUUUGACAUCGCCAAACACAUACGCUGCUUUUUUGUUUUUCUUUUUUGUCUCCAGCCUCGCCUGGAUUUUGACUUUUCUGGCUUGACCGGCUGCAGCGCAAAAGGUCGUAUUCUGCCUUUGUCACAAGCUUCUCAGCUGCGACAAUAAGGGGCAAAACAUACACAGGCAUAAACACGCACCUUGAGACGGGACAAGGAACAGAAAGGCAAACAAGAAAAAAAAAACCCCCCAAGAUCUCGACACGUUCGAGAUCGCUCACCUGCUCCCUCCGCUGUGUUAGACGGCUUCCCGCCGCCACACCGUCAAGCUGUCUUCCCCGAUCCUUAUCCCUCGGAUCGUCUCGUACGACGCGGGCACCAACGUUCCCCGCCGAGGUGGUGCUUACAGUACGAAUCCGAUGGUUCCCGACAACAAGACUGGCCGCCGGAGGAGGUCUAGCAGCAUCCUCCAAGUCUACCAUGAGCCGCAAGAGCCCAUCGAUCAGCUCAACGACCAGUCUACGCUGCCCAACCUGAAUGCGGAAUGGGUUAAUGCCAAGGGCGCUUGGGGCAUCCACAUCGUGCUCAUCAUUGCCCUCAAGAUCCUCUACGAUGUGAUUCCCGGUGUGUCACAAGAGACUUCAUGGACGCUGGUCAACAUCUCGUACAUGCUAGGCUCAUACAUCAUGUUUCAUUACGUCAGGGGCGUCCCUUUUGAAUUUAACGCCGGUGCAUACGACAACCUGAACAUGUGGGAGCAGAUAGACGAUGGCGCACAGUACACUCCUGCCAAAAAGUUCCUGCUGAGUGUGCCCAUUGUGCUUUUCCUGCUGAGCACACAUUACACCCAUUACGACUUGACAUAUUUCACCAUCAACUUCCUGGCCGUGUUGGGUGUUGUCAUUCCGAAGCUGCCUUUUAGCCACCGCAUGAGGGUUGGUUUGUUUUCUGGGCCGCCGGAGGAUCAAUGAUGGAGGACCACAACUGGAUCGCCGAUCACCAUACUUUGUUUUGUGUCGGGACGGGCAUUUUGUUGGGGAUGGAGGGAUUUGGUGCUGCUAACUAUGAUUUCGAACUGCAACCGCCUACUCACUCACACCCAAGUGAGCCCGCAGAACGUCGAGGUUCUCACGGCAAAUGGCUGCGGUCGGACCCCGUCUGGUCGACAGGUAGAGUGGAAUCGCCAGAUUUAGUCGAGUUUAUCAAGCACUUUGCGGGUUUGGCUUUGAGCUUGAGCAGUUGUCCUGCUCUGCUCUACGUCAUUCAACGCACUCAAUCCAUCCUGAUUUUCCUCAUAAAAUAGCCACAGAGCGCUCUAAGUGAAGAAUUCUCACUAUCUACACCGACGGCUGCCGCC